ACAUAACCCGAUGCAACGACACAAUUAACGUAUUCCCCUUCUCUUCCCCCUCUCAUCUCAAAAAAGUCGAGGAAAACCUCACCCGAAAAGUCGGCGAAUCGCCGGAAAAAUGGAAGUCAAAGGAGAGAGAAAAAGAUCGACGCAGAUCUAUAUGGUACUAGCACUCCUAUUGAGCUGCUACGUUUCCGAGCUCUCUGCUCUUUCCGUCACUGUUAACGAUGUCGAGUGUGUCUACGAGUAUGUUCUUUACGAAGGAGAUUCCGUUUCCGGUAACUUUGUUGUUGUUGAUCAUGAUAUUUUCUGGAGCUCUGAUCAUCCCGGCAUCGAUUUUACCGUGACAUCUCCUGCAGGCAAUGUUGUCCAUACUUUGAAAGGAACAGCUGGUGACAAGUUUGAAUUCAAAGCUCCACGAAGUGGAAUGUAUAAAUUCUGCUUCCACAAUCCAUAUUCGGCACCAGAGACUGUCUCUUUCUACAUUCAUGUCGGCCAUAUUCCAAGCGAGCAUAAUCUUGCAAAAGAUGAGCAUUUGGACCCUAUCAAUGUGAAAAUUGCUGAACUCAGAGAGGCAUUGGAGUCUGUAACAUCAGAGCAGAAGUAUUUAAAAGCGCGUGACGCACGUCAUCGUCAUACAAAUGAGAGUACUAGAAAGCGUGUCAUCUUUUAUACUUUGGCUGAAUACAUGAUGCUGAUAGUUGCUAGUGGGCUUCAAGUCGUAUACAUACGUAAGCUGUUCAGCAAGUCCGUGGGAUACAAUCGUGUUUGAGUUGCAGAUAUUUUUUUUUCCUUUUUCUUUUUCUGUUGUCGUUUACUAGAUUUAGAUAUGAAAAGUUCACAAGGGCUAUUUUGUGUUAUAGAUCGCUACCUUUUAUGAAUUUGAGGUUAACGUGUUGCAAGAAGUUACAUCGACUAUAGGAUGGUUCAGAUUUGAUCAAUGUACUUUUAUUUAUUCAA